AUGCUAUCAGGAGAAACCAUCCGGGUAGUGGUCUGCGGCGAUGAGGGUGUAGGAAAAUCCUCCCUCAUCACCAGUUUGGUCAAGGAGACGUUUGUAUCAAACAUCGAACAUGUGAUCCCGCCGAUCAACAUCCCCGUGAGCACGUUCGAGCUCCUGACGUCAACUCCCGCGCCGAGCAGCAUCUUACUCAUCGACACAUCCGUCUCGGAUACGGCAGCACUCCAGCAGGAGCUCCGAAACGCUCACGUAAUCUGGCUUGUGUACGCAGACCAUUACACCUACGAGCGGAUCACGCUCUACUGGCUCCUGAUGUUCCGCGACAUCGGUGUUAACCUCCCGGUGGUGCUCUGUGCGAACAAGUGUGAUGAGGAUCAGGACGCGCCGCUUCCCAACGUCACCAGCACCGACAACAGCAAUAGUGUGGAGAACCUCGGCGAGGCGUUUAUCCCGAUCCUCAAGAAGUACAAGGAGAUCGAGGCGUGCAUCCGGUGCAGCGCCAAGGAGAGCUACAACGUGAACGAGGCGUUCUAUCUCUGCCAACGCGCCAUCACGCACCCGAUCCUGCCCUUAUUUGACUCCAAACAGGGCAGCCUCAAGCCUGACGUCAUCACAGCGCUCAAGCGCAUCUUUUUCCUCUGUGACAAGGACCAGGACGGCUUCCUCAACGAUGCGGAGUUCCUCGAGCUCCAGUUGCGUUGCUUCGGCGCCGAGCUCCAGCCUAGUGAUCACCAAUUGUUGAAAGCCACCAUCGCGGGCCUCCUCCCUACAUACGAUGAGGCGCGCGGUUUGAGCGUGGACGCAUUUCUCUUACUAAACAAGAUAUACUCGGAGAAGGGCCGCCACGAGACCAUCUGGAGCAUCCUCCGUUCCUUCCAGUACACUGACUCGCUCUCGCUUGAUGAUAAGUUCCUCCACCCAUUCCUCAACGUGCCCGCAAGCGCGUCCGUGGAGUUGAGUCCGCAGGGCUACCGCUUCUUCGUGGACUUGUUUCUCAUCUUCGACAAGGAUAACGAUGGUGGCUUGAACGAACAUGAGCUUACUGAGUUGUUUUCGCCGACCCCGGGUGUGCCAAAGCUCUGGCAGGAGACAAACUUCCCCCAGACAAUCGUGUGCAACGAGAACGGGUACGUGACGCUCCAGGGCUGGUUGGCUCAGUGGCUGAUGACCACUUUCCUUGACUACCACACCACCUUGGCGUACCUCGCGUAUCUCGGUUUCGAGAGCAAGUUCAAGACCACCAAAGUAUCCACCGUCUCGGCGUUGAAGGUCACCAAACAGCGCAAACGCAGACAGCGUAAGGGAAGGAGCUUCCGCGCGCAGAUCACCGACCGCAAUGUUUUUAGCUGUUUUGUUGUUGGCGAGUCCAACAGCGGCAAGACUUCGCUCCUCCAGUCGUUCUUGGGCCGAUCUUACAGUAACACGUACUCGCCCACGAUCCAGCCGCGCACGGUGGUGAACAACGUUGAGCUUCGCGGUGGGAAACAAUGCUACUUGAUCUUGGAGGAGCUCGGACGGCUCGAGCCGGCAAUCUUGGAGAACCAGAAGCGUUUAAAUCAGUGUGAUGUGAUCUGCUACGCGUAUGACUCGUCCGACCCGGAGAGUUUCCAGUACAUUGUCGACUUGCGCGAACAGUAUCCGGGGUUAGAUAAUAUCCCCUGUGUAUACGUGGCGCUCAAGGCGGAUUUAGAUAGACAGCAGCAGCGGUGUGAUGUUCAGCCAGACAAUUACACCCGUGAUUUGUACCUUCCGCCACCGUCGCACGUGUCUUCGUCGUGGCCGACGUCGUUGAACGAAUUGUUUGUGCGCAUGGUGGAAACGGCGCAGGUGCCGAGCUCCGCGACCCCGGGCUUAGAGCCCGAGCCUGAGGAUGUGGGGAUGAGUCCAAUCGUGUUGGCAGGGGGAGCGGUAGGGGUGAUGGCGUGUUUAUCGAUAUGGUUUUGGCGGCGGGGGAUUGUUGAGGGCGUGAAGGCGGUAACGGCGAGGAAACAAUGA